UCCGCUCGUGUUUUUGACAGUAAACAGCUGACAGCAGGUGAUAACAGGUGAUAACAGCACUGGAACUUAAAACAGAGUAACUACUGUAAGCACAGAGCUGCCGGGCCGCAGGGUGGGAGCCGCCUCAUUCUCACACACCGUCCCUGAACCUGCCGGUGCCCGCCGCAUCAUGGACCCUCAACGCAACCAAGUGAACUCCAGAGGGAGAAACGACCCGAGGCAGAGCGCAGCGGGAGCGUCCGGAGCGGAGCCGCAGGCCGGGUAUGUGGACGGACAAACCCCCGAGGUGGGGAGGCAGCCAGCGGCAGACCGACAGCCACAGUACUCAGGAGCGUUCACCGUCAUUCCGCCCAACCAGACCCGCCGGAGCAAGACCAAAGAAAUAGCUCAGAAGGGAAUUGAGAAUCUUGAGAGGUUCAAGGAGGCACACAGGCCCGGUCCGCUGCACCUCGCUCCAGAGAGGCUGGGUGGAGGGGAUGUAAGUAUAGCCGAGGCCAGGCAGAGGCAGUUUACCAACCAGAGAAACUCCAGGCUGCAGAAGAAGCUUAAAAAGGAGGAGAUGGACAAGAAGAAGAGACAAGAGGAGGAGGAAGAGUGGCAGAAGAUGAAGGCCGCACAGAGGGAGAAGGCUGAUCGUCUGGAGCUGAAGAGGCGGCAGGAAGACGACAGGAGGCGGGAGCAGUUCCGCACGGAUCAAACCAGGAAAAAUGACAGUUUUCUGCAGAGUCUCCAGAGAGCGGCUGCUCCAUCCGCCGGUGCUGCACACACAUCGUCCAUGAACAAAGUGGGCAACCAGGAAGAAGUAUGGACAAGAAGUAUGGAAGAGCUGCAGCUGGAACACAGGAGGGUGAACCAAGCCUUCCUCGAUAAGCUGGAACGUAACGCAACGGAGACGGAGGUCGAGGCCAACAGCCGCACCGGCCCGGAGGAAGAGCGUCCAUGUUUGGCCGCUGACGAUCACAGGCGACACACCGCAGCCGGACGCGUCGGCCUGACUCACCCAGAGCCCGGUCCGGAGCGCCGCUGCUCUGACUGGACGGAGGAAACUGACCCGCAGGCCGACCUCGACUGGAACCUGAUGAAGCUGUUGAACAUCUUCCCUGACUGCAGCAGAGACUUCGCCCAGGACAUCCUGACCCAGUGCAACGGCGACUACGAGCUGGCCUGCGCUCUCCUGGGCAGCACGCUUGCUUAAAUUCGAUCCGCUUGUUGGUAAAUGAGACGGUAGGACGCUUUGAGACAAGCAGAUUUGUGUGGGGAGGUUUGGUGCUCACAUAUAAAAUGCUCCGCUGCCUGCCAUAUGCAGCUGUAACAAACGAUACCUACAGGGCUGAGAGCGACUCCCAGGAUCUGCUUCCUAUUAUUGCUCGGUGCGUUGCAUCUGUCUGGUGAGUCACGCUGGCUUUUUGAGCCCACUCAGAGUCCAUGUUGUUCUUAUAUGAAUUUGGUAAAGGUCGCUGUUUAUGACUCACAAUGUUUAAAUCAUAUUUUGGGCUUCUAAUUUGAUCAAUAUGUUUUAUUUGUGUGGUUGUUUUUUUGUUGUUGCUAUCUGCUCAGAUUGUUUGUCAUGAAUUUUAUCAGAAGACAGUAAAGAAUUGAGGUUUUGCAUUGAUGCUCUGAACCUUUAGAGGUUCCUGGUUAAACAGCAAAAACACUAAAUCUUACCAGGUAUUUUCAUCUUUUUUCAUGUGCAAAUAUCUUAGUACUCUUGACAUUAACUUACAAAGAGCUUUUCUGUAAGAUAGAGGAGCUUAUUUUGAGUCAAUAGUUCCUUAAUAACGAUCAAUAGUAGGUGGAAUAAUCAGCCUAAUACGUUUUCACUGACUUUAAACAAGUUCCUGUUCCAGCUGAAAAGUUCAUUGUAAGUUAGUUUUUUGUGUGCCGAGAUGUUUGCGGUAGAAACUGAUUGCUAAGGUUUAGUGUUUUGUGCUUCCUGUGAGUCGGACGGCGAAACCAAUCAGGCGACAGUGGCAACAGAGACCAACGGGUGGUGCUGUCCACACGAGGGGCUGAAAAUCCCCCACUAAUUUAGCAUGAAGUCAUGUUUACUGCUGAUGUCAUCCGGCAAAUGUCGUUCCUCCGGGGAUCAACAUGAACCCCGAGCUGCAGCCCUGACACCCGCCAUGACGAGAAAAUAGGAAAAAUUCACGGCAAUAAUUUCUGUGUUAAACUAUUGUCACUUCUUUCAUGUUGACUUGAUCGCAUCCGACGGUUCUAAAGAGACCAGCCGGAAUUAUUUGUUGACUUUGUCGUCAGAGAUUAUUCACUACAAAUGAACUGAAAAGUUUAUGGGACAAGAUGAUUUGAGCUUGUUAUUAAUUUUACCCUGAAAUGUUUUUCUUUGGUUGUUGUUGUGUUUAAAGCUGCACAAGCCAAUAACUUGUGCUGGAAAUAGAGGGGAUGUUACAGAAACAGAAUGAUGUUUUAGAAGAAAAUCAUUUUUUGAACAUACAUUUUGGAAAAUGUCAAAUAAAAGCUGUUUUUUUUUGUGGUUUU